GGCUGAAGCAGGCGGUACUUGGGGCGUGGCCGGAGAAAUACGGUCUAGGGCCUGCAAUCUCAGCCCCGCGGGGCGGAGCACAGAGCGCAGCCAGGCUUUGCAAUAGGGACCUGCUGGCUUUAAAGGCACCCGUGAGUCGCAGUUCCUAGACCGACCUCGAGGACCGUCGCCAUGCACCGCGAACCGCUGCUGCUCCUACUGGGCUUGCUGCUCUCAGGCUCCGUUGCCCCUGCGCGCCACGGCCCGAAGCGCCCUUCCCGCCUUGGCGGCUUCUCCUGGGAUAACUGUGACGAAGGAAAGGACCCUGCAGUGAUCAACAGCCUCACGGUCCAACCUGACCCCAUUGUUGUUCCUGGAGAUGUGGUCGUCAGCAUUGAGGGCAAGACCAGCGUUCCCCUCACUUCUCCUCAGAAGGUGGAGCUCACCGUGGAGAAGGAAGUGGCUGGCUUCUGGGUCAAGAUUCCUUGUGUGGAACAGCUAGGCAGUUGUAGCUACGAGAACAUGUGUGACCUGAUAGACCAAUACAUUCCACCUGGAGAGAGCUGCCCAGAGCCCCUGCACACCUACGGGCUGCCCUGCCAUUGUCCCUUCAAGGAAGGCACCUACUCACUGCCCAUGAGCAACUUCACACUGCCUGACCUGGAGCUUCCGAGCUGGCUGAGCACAGGCAACUACCGAAUCCAGAGUAUCUUGAGCAGUGGUGGGAAGCGCCUGGGCUGCAUCAAGAUUGCCGCCUCUCUCAAGGGCAGAUAACCUGGCAGCGACCAUCCCAGAAUGAAGGGGCACCAGGAAGACAUGCCUCUUCUCCUGUGUUCUGGGGCCCAGACCUGCCUGCCUCUAACUCCAUUCUUCUAUGGUUCUCUACACUCUCUGUAAAUCACUGCAACCUGACCUGAGGGAGGCUGGACCAGGCCCAACAUCUCCUGGGCUGUAAGCCAUGCUCCUCCACACCCCUACCAACUUUCUAAGAGUUUCUUUGGUAUCCAUAGCAGUCAAAGAAUUGGAACCAACAUGUUUGGGAAUCUUAAGUUCAAACUGGCCCAACCUGGACCUCAAGUUAUGCUCACACAACCACUUUGUUUUAGUCUCCAACUUAAAAUCAGGAUAACAGUAUUAAUCUCUCAUUCCACCCUGAACCUUUCCUUCUGCAAGAGGUCUAGGUAGUCAGUCUUAGGUCCCUCUACUAACUUCCAUGAUUAACUGCAUCCUUUUUGCAACUUGCCUAGCCAGCACUGGGCCUGACAGACGCUGAAGAGGCAGGGUGGUGUGUGACAGAAACCUGUGAGAGUUAUUGUUGGGCAUGCUCCAUUAACCUUGGCAAAGCACAGGUACCUGUAGGGCCAAGCGGAAGACAAAGCCAUUGCUCCCGGGAGCGAUGUCCACUUUUCCUUUCUUGGUAUGACGCCUACUAGAAUGGGAUGGCAUUCCUUAUACCUGACAAGAAACAAAACCAGAAGCCCAGUAGCACGUGUGCUCCGCUACCAGGUGGCCAGGGUCUGGAAUGGCAUAUCUAGUCCUGGAGAGGUACGGUCCAUGUGACCUGUAAGUGCCAUGUAAGGAAUGUUGCCAGAUAUUUGCAACAUUUUUCUUCCUUAGGCCCCAAACCCAGACUUUUAUAUGAAAUUGUAGAAUUUUUAACUAUUGGGAACAAGUUGUUUUUAUAUACUAUGAAGGCCAAAGUGGCCACCUGGCCUCAUCUAGGGACAUAAUCUGGCUCACAGGUGGCUGCUUUUUCUCACAUCUGUUCAUCUUCUCAGUCUCAAGUUAUCUGGCUUCAUCUCUUUCCCCGUCAAGGUCAAGUCUUUGGUGCCUGGCCUCAAAGAGGGCUCAGCUUGCACUAGAGCAGGUCUGCAUGGCUUCUGAGAGCUAGGCACUGUGCCAGCCUCUGAGCCAUCACUACCAGGGUAGAGGGGUUCAUACUGGAGUGGAUCCCACCCAGCAGCCACCAUGUGGAACAGGGAUCCCAUGAACAGAGUGGAUCCCACAUCAGGUUGCACCAUGACAACUUCCUGAGCCUCAGACAGCCCAGGUUCUGGACUAGAAGACUAGUCUGGCAAUAAAUCUUUUUAACUUGC